UAAUGUUGCUCACAAGACGCUGAUAAAGUAGGCACGGUAACUAAUGUGUCUUUAAAAAUAUAGUUAUUUAUCAACAUUCAGCUGCGAAGUCUUUUUUCGGAUUUCAACAAAUUUACUAAAAAGGCCGCUAAACCAGCAAUACAACUGGAAGCGUUUCGCUGGGUAACUGUAAUUUCAUAACAUUUUAAUUUUGAAGAAAGCGAAAGUAAACUUUGUUUCCUGAAGCGGCCUAUUAAGCGGAGAACGGCAACAUGGCUCAAAGUGAGUGGAAUGAGGAAAUGUCCGAGGGUCCAUUUCUCCUUCAGGAAGACCUGACCUGUCCAGUGUGUAAGGAGCUCUACCUGGAGCCCGUGCUACUAUCAUGCAGCCACAGUUUCUGUAAGGGCUGUUUGGCGCAAAGCUGGAAGGUGCAGGGACAGAAGUGUCCUGUGUGCAGGAAGAGCUGUAAAGGUGAGCAACCCAUCUCCAACCGUGCACUGAUGGGUGCCUGUGAGUCUUUUCAGAAGGAAAAGAACUGGCGGCAACCAUACGCAAUCAGUAACGUGCCUCUAUGUAACCUGCACCGUCUGGAGUUUCAACUCUACUGCAUGAAGGACGAGGAGCCUGUGUGCGUCGAAUGCGUGACGCUACAUCAGACGCACGAACUCAUGCCACUCCGCAAGGGGGCGCCCUAUUGUAAGGAGGAACUGACCUUUAAAAUCAACAUUUUGGAGGAAAAAGUGGAGACCUUCAAAAAAAUGAAAAAUAAAUACUCUAACACAGUUGAUUUCAUAAAGAGCCAGGCUCUGCAGGCAGAGAAGCAGAUCAAGGCAGAGUUUGAGAGGCUCCAUCAGGUGCUGCAUGCAGAGGAGAUUGCCAGACUGAAGGCCCUGGCAGAUGAGGAAGAGGAUAAGAAAAUCUGCAUGGAGGAAAAUAUCAACUCCCUGUCACAGGAAAUCACAACUCUCACUGAGCUUAUCCAAACAGUGAAGAGGGAGAUGGGGGCCGAGGAUUUAACCUUCCUGCAGAACUUUAAAGUCUUAAAGAGAAAAGCCCAGUGGCUUCAUGAAGACCCCCAGAAUCCCUCAGAUGCUCUCCUGAACAUGGCCAAGCAUGUUGGCUCUCUGGGAUACAGCAUCUGGAAAAGCAUGCAGGCUCAUGUUACAUGCAUUCCCGUGGUGAUGGACCCGAACACAGCCUCUCCCUGGCUCUCCUUGUCCCCUGACCUGGCCAGUGUACGGGACAGCCCUGAACGCCAGUCCCUCCCAGACAACCCUGAGCGCUUCGACCCCUGUGUUUUUGUACUGGGCGCUGAGGGCUUCUCCUCGGGCAAGCACCGCUGGGAGGUCCACGUUGGAGACAACCCAAAGUGGAUCCUGGGAGUCUGUAAGGAGUCUGUGGCCCGUAAGAGGAAGUUCACGGUGUCCACAGACCGAGGCGUGUGGACCAUCGGGCUCAGCAAAGGGAUUUACAACGCCCUAACGGCCAGGCGCACCGUGCUAGCCGUGGAGAGUCGUCCGGAGAGGGUGCGUGUGAAGUUGAACAUGGAGAAGGGGGAGAUAUCGUUUUGGGAUGCAGGCAAUGGGGGAAGACACCUGUGCACAUUCACACACGAGUUUAAAGAGAGACUGUUUCCCAUAUUUGGUCCUGGGCUCCACAGCACCCCAAUGGAGGUUUAUCCAGCCAAGGUUACCAUUCACACGGCAUGACAGGGCUGUGUUAACAGUCACUACAGCUUGAUAAGGGUAUGCAUCAAUAGCUGAUAGGCAAUACUCAUUUUAAUACAGGGUUUUGAUAGGGUGAAGACAAUUCUGUUGAAACUGUAUCAAAUUUCUGUGCCGUGCACACGCAUAUUGCUCGAUUUUCCUGCGAUUGGCGGCCACAGUCCUCCGUGGUAUGUCUCGAACAUGCCGUUGUAAACUGAAAUGCUAAGAUAAGUCUGGUAAGAUUCUCUCUUAUAAUGUCAACAAGAACUUUUUUCGUUUAAAGGGCUCGUGGAUAGAUUGUAUAGACAUGCUCUGUUAAAGCAGUCAGUGUAUUGUGGUUGGUUGGGCUGGAGCUUCUUUUAGUUUAUAUAUAUAUAUAUGUAUAUGCAGAUCAUGUUUCUAAGCAUGUGUACAUUCUUCAUCAAUAGAGAACGAGAAUGCAAGUGAUUUUAAACCUGAAUGAAUAUCUGCUAAAGGAUAUAACUAUAUUGUACUUAAAACAACCAUAAAACCUGAAGAAUGAUCAAUUAAUGAUUUAAUGCGUUUGUGUUUUUGGCUUAGAAUAAUUUUACACUGUUAUUACAUUCAGUUCUAUUAUGUAGAAUACUGUGAACUUGCAGAAAUGUAUUUAUUUGUUAAACAAACAGCAAAUUAGUGGAUGAACAGAUGCACAGAACGUGAAAUAUCUUUGGGUCCUAGCGGACUAAGGAUCCUGAAAGAAUUACAUGGAAGCCACAGUCUAUUCUUAGUUUUCCUGAUUGUUGAGCUAUUAUGAAUGAUAUAUAAGGCUUGGUUUUAGUUGUAAGAAUAUAUUCAUCGUCAAAUUUUGUUGGGUUCAGGGAUUUUUGCUCUAAAUCAUGUGUUGUAUUGAUAUAAUCAAUUAUUAUUAUUACAGAAACAUACUAUAAAAAGUUUAUUUUCAUGAUUGAUCAUUUGUAAAGACUGCAUCUAUUGAAUCAAUCAAAAUAUUUCUUUCAAAUUUUUCAGACACUAUUCAACAUAAUCUAUUGAAAUAGUUUGUAUGUAUGCUACUGAGUCAUCUACAAACAGAUAUAGUUAUUCUAUUAAAAUGUGCCUAUUGUCAUAAUGCUAAAUCAUUAUCUCAUAUGUUUUUAUAAAAUAUUAAGUGAUGGAAAUGUGGUUCUGGCAAAAAAUAAAGUUUAAUUUAGCCAAAAUUGGUUGGCGUAUCCUAA